GCUACAGCUGGCGUGUCGAGAAGAAUCAAGGUCUUUGACUUUUCAUCAGUGGUAAAUGAACCAGCUGAUGCACAAUGUCCUGUUGUUGAAAUAUCUUCACGAUCCAAGCUUAGUUGUCUGAGCUGGAACAAGUACGCAAAGAACCACAUUGCGAGCAGUGACUAUGAAGGCAUAGUAACCAUUUGGGAUGUGACCAGUCGUCAGAGUGUGAUGGAGUAUGAGGAGCAUGAAAUACGAGCAUGGAGUGUUGCUUUCUCUCAUACUGAUCCUUCUAUGCUUGUGUCUGGCAGUGAUGAUUGCAAGGUCAAAGUUUGGUGCAUGAAGCAGGAGGCAAGUGUUAUUAGCAUUGACAUGAAAGCAAACAUUUGCUCUGUGAAAUACAAUCCUCAAUCCAGCUUUCAUAUAGCUGUGGGUUCUGCUGAUAAUCAUAUCCAUUAUUAUGACUUGAGAAAUAUUAAGCAGCCGCUGCAUAUUUUCAGUGGACACCAUAAAACUGUUUCAUAUGUGAAAUUUGUAUCCAACAAUGUGCUGGCGUCUGCAUCAACGGAUGGUACAUUGCGUUUGUGGGAUGUCAAGGAGAACAUUCCACUGCGAACUUUUAGAGGACAUACAAAUGAGAAGAACUUUGUGGGUCUUGUAGUAAACAGCCAAUACAUUGCCUGUGGCAGUGAAACAAAUGAAGUGUUUGUCUAUCACAAGGCGAUUUCUAAGCCAGCAGCAAGCCACAAAUUUGAUUCUGACCAGAAUGAUCCAGAUGAGGACAUGGGAUCACAUUUCAUCAGUUCUGUUUGUUGGAAGCGCGAGAGCCGAACCAUUUUAACAGCAAAUAGUCAAGGGAUCGUACAAGUGCUUGUUCUUACUGCUUGAUGAGUAAAAGUGGAACGAUUAAAAGAUAAAAGAAUGACGAAGGGACUUCUUAUGAAGGAAUAGAGGUACCAUGCCCCUGCACCAAUUCUCCAUUGUAUAUGUGUGACCGGAUUAUUAGGGUAACUAAUAAAGCUUGGUUUUUUA